AUGGCAGGACACAAAAUCGACGGGUUCCUGUGGUGGGCUGUAUUGGUCCUUGCAGUUAGCAUAUCGGUCACCAAUGCUAUCGAAAUAAAAGAUGAUUGUGACCCAGAUUCCGAGAUUUGCGUCAACGCGAUUGAUACGGAAGACACACUACCUGACGGUAUGGCUGUGACAAGAAAAGAAAUGAACGUUUUACUAAAGGAUUUAACGAAGAUACGGCGACAUAAACAUACCACCCUCAAAAUAGCCGAGAGAACAUCUGAGAGGGACAAGGAUGUCGCUAAGAUGCAGCAAGAAAUUGCGUCUCUGAAAAGUGUCGUAGCAUCACUGGAGGCGAAAGUUCUGGCUGUGAUCAUAUGUGAUCCAUGUGGAACAGUCACACCAGACAUCUUCUCGUGUGCCUCGUCUCCAUGCCAAGGUCACAGCACCUGCCUUGAAGCCUUUGGUCCAACCAAUUACACCUGCACAUGCGCACCCGGGUUCACCGGAGACAGAUGCGAAAACGAUGUGGACGAAUGCCAGCUCUCACCCUGCGCAAACGGAGCGACCUGCAACAACGAGAUUGGCAGCUUCCAAUGCGCAUGUCAACCGGGAUACACAGGGAACCUCUGCGAUGUUGAUAUUGACGAGUGUGAAUCUAAUCCAUGUUUAGGAGGCGCAACCUGCUUUGAUUUAGUCAACGGCUUCCGGUGUUCAUGUCCCUCUGGUUUCGCUGGGUUGUUUUGCGAGACGAACUUAGACGACUGUUGCGAUGCCCCGUGUCAAAAUGGUGGCAUUUGUAUCGAUGGCAACAACACGUAUUCCUGCCUCUGUGCACCAGGAUUCGAAGGCCCUGACUGUGAAAUGGAGACAGACGAAUGCAGAUCGAAUCCUUGCAGAAAUAAUGCGACUUGCUUAGAUGGGCCCGGAUUGUAUUCGUGCCUGUGUCCGAGUGGAUACUCCGGUCUUGAUUGUGAAUUGGAAACAGACGAGUGCGCAUCAACCCCUUGUCAAAAUAAUGCUACCUGCCAAGACCAAGUUGGUGGUUACUCGUGCGUCUGUCCUCCCGGUUUCACUGGGGUUCAUUGUGGAACUGACAUCAACGAAUGCGCGUCAACCCCUUGUCAAAAUAAUGCUACCUGCCAAGACCAAGUUGGUGGUUACUCGUGCGUCUGUCCUCCCGGUUUCAGUGGGGUUCAUUGUGGAACUGACAUCAACGAAUGCGCGUCAAGCCCUUGUCAAAAUGGUGGUAGCUGCCAAGACAAAGUUGGUGGUUACUUGUGCGUCUGUCCUCCCGGUUUCAGUGGGGUUCAUUGUGGAACUGACAUCAACGAAUGUGCGUCUAGCCCUUGUCAAAACAAUGCCACUUGCAAUGACCAAGUUGGUGGUUACUCGUGCGUCUGUCCUCCCGGUUUCACUGGGGUUCAUUGUGGAACUGACAUCGACGAAUGCGCUUCUAGCCCUUGUCAAAACAAUGCCACUUGCAAUGACCAAGUUGGUGGUUACUCGUGCGUCUGUCCUCCCGGUUUCAGUGGGGUUCAUUGUGGAACUGACAUCAACGAAUGCGCGUCUAGCCCUUGUCAAAACAAUGCCACUUGCAAUGACCAAGUUGGUGGUUACUCAUGCGUCUGUCCUCCCGGUUUCAGUGGGGUUCAUUGUGGAACUGACAUCGACGAAUGCGCUUCUAGCCCUUGUCAAAACAAUGCCACUUGCAAUGACCAAGUUGGUGGUUACUCAUGCGUCUGUCCUCCCGGUUUCAGUGGGGUUCAUUGUGGAACUGACAUCAACGAAUGCGCGUCUAGCCCUUGUCAAAACAAUGCCACUUGCAAUGACCAAGUUGGUGGUUACUCGUGCGUCUGUCCUCCCGGUUUCAGUGGGGUUCAUUGUGGAACUGACAUCGACGAAUGCGCGUCAAGCCCUUGUCAAAAUGGUGGUAGCUGCCAAGACAAAGUUGGUGGUUACUCGUGUGUCUGUCCUCCCGGUUUCAUUGGGGUUCAUUGUGCAACUGACAUCAACGAAUGCGCGUCUAGCCCUUGUCAAAACAAUGCCACUUGCAAUGACCAAGUUGGUGGUUACUCAUGCGUCUGUCCUCCCGGUUUCACUGGGGUUCAUUGUGGAACUGACAUCGACGAAUGCGCUUCUAGCCCUUGUCAAAACAAUGCCACUUGCAAUGACCAAGUUGGUGGUUACUCGUGCGUCUGUCCUCCCGGUUUCAGUGGGGUUCAUUGUGGAACUGACAUCGACGAAUGCGCUUCUAGCCCUUGUCAAAACAAUGCCACUUGCAAUGACCAAGUUGGUGGUUACUCGUGCGUCUGUCCUCCCGGUUUCAGUGGGGUUCAUUGUGGAACUGACAUCAACGAAUGCGCGUCAAGCCCUUGUCAAAACAAUGCCACUUGCAAUGACCAAGUUGGUGGUUACUCGUGCGUCUGUCCUCCCGGUUUCACUGGGGUUCAUUGUGGAACUGACAUCGAUGAAUGCGCUUCUAGCCCUUGUCAAAAUGGUGGUAGCUGCCAAGACAAAGUUGGUGGUUACUUGUGCGUCUGUCCUCCCGGUUUCAGUGGGGUUCAUUGUGGAACUGACAUCAACGAAUGCGGUUCUAGCCCUUGUCAAAAUGGUGGUAGCUGCCAAGACCAAGUUGGUGCUUAUUCCUGCGUCUGUCCGCCUGGUUUCAGUGGUGUCCAUUGUGGCAUCAACAUCGAUGAGUGCGCUUCCACACCUUGUCAAAAUGGUGGUAGCUGUUUGGAUGGUAUAGCGUCCUAUUUAUGCAGGUGUCCAGGUGGUUUCACAGGCGAUGAAUGUCAAAUUGAUACAGAUGAAUGUGCCUCCGGCCCUUGUCAAAAUGGUGGUAGUUGUUUGGAUGGUAUCGCGUCCUAUUCAUGCAGUUGUCCAGCUGGUUUCACAGGUGAUAGAUGUCAAACUGAUGUCGAUGAAUGCGCCUCCGGCCCUUGUCAAAAUGGUGGUAGUUGCUUGGAUGGUAUCGCAUCCUAUUCAUGCAGUUGUCCAGCUGGUUUCACAGGCGAUGAAUGUCAAACUGAUAUAGAUGAAUGUGCCUCCGGCCCUUGUCAAAAUGGUGGUAGUUGCUUGGAUGGUAUCGCGUCAUAUUUAUGCAGUUGUCCAGCAGGUUUCACAGGCGACGAUUGUCAAAUUGAUGUAGACGAAUGUGCCUCUAAACCAUGUCAAAAUGGGGGAAGUUGCUUGGAUGGUAUCGCGUCCUAUUCAUGCAGUUGUCCGACUGGAUUCACAGGCGAUAGAUGUCAAACUGAUGUAGAUGAAUGCGCCUCCAACCCCUGUCAAAAUGGUGGUAGUUGCUUGGAUGGUAUCGCGUCCUAUUCAUGCAGUUGUCCAGCUGGUUUCACAGGCAAUAGAUGUCAAACUGAUGUAGAUGAAUGCGCCUCCAACCCCUGUCAAAAUGGUGGUAGUUGCUUGGAUGGUAUCGCGUCCUAUUCAUGCAGUUGUCAAGCUGGUUUCACAGGCGACGAUUGUCAAACUGAUAUAGAUGAAUGCGCCUCCAACCCCUGUCAAAAUGGUGGGAGUUGCUUGGAUGGUAUCGCGUCCUAUUCAUGCAGUUGUCAAGCUGGUUUCACAGGCGACGAUUGUCAAACUGAUACAGAUGAAUGCGCCUCCAACCCCUGUCAAAAUGGUGGGAGUUGCUUGGAUGGUAUCGCGUCCUAUUCAUGCAGUUGUCAAGCUGGUUUCACAGGCGACGAUUGUCAAACUGAUAUAGAUGAAUGCGCCUCCAACCCUUGUCAAAAUGGUGGGAGUUGCUUGGAUGGUAUCGCGUCCUAUUCAUGCAGUUGUCCGACUGGUUUCACAGGCGAUGAUUGUCAAACGGAUGUAAAUGAAUGCGCCUCCAACCCUUGUCAAAAUGGUGGGAGUUGCUUGGAUGGUAUCGCGUCCUAUUCAUGCAGUUGUCAGACUGGUUUCACAGGCGAUGAUUGUCAAACUGAUGUAGAUGAAUGCGCCUCCAACCCCUGUCAAAAUGGUGGUAGUUGCUUGGAUGGUAUCGCGUCCUAUUCAUGCAGUUGUCCGACUGGUUUCACAGGCGAUGAUUGUCAAACUGAUGUAGAUGAAUGCGCCUCCAACCCCUGUCAAAAUGGUGGUAGUUGCUUGGAUGGUAUCGCGUCCUAUUCAUGCAGUUGUCCGACUGGUUUCACAGGCGAUGAUUGUCAAACUGAUGUAGAUGAAUGCACCUCCAACCCUUGUAAAAAUGGUGGUAGUUGCUUGAAUGGUAUCGCGUCCUAUUCAUGCAGUUGUCCAGCUGGUUUCACAGGCGAUAGAUGUCAAACGGAUGUAGAUGAAUGCGCCUCCAACCCCUGUCAAAAUGGUGGUAGUUGCUUGGAUGGUAUCGCGUCCUAUUCAUGCAGUUGUCCAGCAGGUUUCACUGGCGACGAUUGUCAAAUUGAUACAGAUAAAUGUGCCUCUAAACCAUGUCAAAAUGGGGGAAGUUGCUUGGAUGGUAUCGCGUCCUAUUCAUGCAGUUGUCCAGCUGGUUUCACAGGCGAUGAUUGUCAAACUGAUGUAGAUGAAUGCGCCUCCAACCCCUGUCAAAAUGGUGGUAGUUGCUUGGAUGGUAUCGCGUCUUAUUCAUGCAGUUGUCCGACUGGUUUCACAGGCGAUGAAUGUCAAAUUGAUACAGAUGAAUGUGCCUCCAACCCUUGUCAAAAUGGUGGGAGUUGCUUGGAUGGUAUCGUGUCCUAUUCAUGCAGUUGUCCAGCUGGUUUCACAGGCGACGAUUGUCAAACUGAUAUAGAUGAAUGUGCGUCUCGCCCUUGUCAAAACGGUGGCCUCUGCGUUGAUGAGGUGAAUGGGUACCGCUGUUUGUGUAAUCCGGGAUUCGGCGGCACACACUGUGAGACAGCACGAGUCGAUUGUGAUUCCAGUCCUUGUAUGAAUGGCGCCACCUGUGCCGGCGUGCUCGGCUCUGAUGGAUGGUUCACCUACCAGUGCACAUGCGCAGCGGGAUUCACGGGGAAAGACUGCCAAACCGCUGCCGGUAAAUGCGCCUCUGCUCCGUGUCAGAAUGGCGGGACCUGUACUGAUGGCGGUGGGUCCUAUACCUGUGAUUGCGUUACAGGUCACAGGGGUGACAAUUGCCAAGAGAAAUGCAUGUUUUGGAACUGGGACGAGCAAUGCGGUGGAAUAGUGGGUAGAAGGUCAGUUUUUGGUGAUGUGGUUAGCAAAGUGAAGAGAUUCAUGUUUGGUAACUAAUUCAAUACAUCUCGGAAUUAAGCCAUUGAUGAGCCAGUGACAUCCUUUCUCAAUAUGCUGAUUCAUUACGUGGGAGGUAAA